CUAAUGCAGUUUGAUGGGCAAGGAACUCACUGAUGUGCAUAUGGAUGAUAAGCUCAACGCUGUCGUGAAAUCAAAUGGUAAUCCGCAAGUUUCCGGAGGCACCGAGUCAAAGGACUAUGAAGUCAAGGAAUGCACAUCGAUCAUCCAGGAUGGUACUGAGAAUCAAGAUGUGUUGGAUGUUAAAAGCACAAAUUUUGGAACCGACAUCCCCGAUGAGAAAUACGAAAAGAUCGGAGAUUGGAAGUUCACCGACGAUAAGAAAUUAAGUCCCACCACAUCUAAAUCCAGUGGUGCCGAACAUGUUCGUGUGCACAAUGCCUCGAAAGCUGGUGCAAAUGGCAGAGCAAGUGUUAACUCUACACCUUCACCUACUGUUAUAAAGACUUCGGAGCGAGGCUCGCCGCUUACUACUCCGAUGACAAGGAAGCUAUUUCAACCUUUUGACAUGAGGAAUCCCGACGAAGAAGAUAAUUGGUCUGUCGCUUCCACGUAUCCUUUCUUUGGUCUUAAGAAGCAAAGAUACGAUGCCAAGUUCCUAUCUGAGCUCUAUACUAUUUGUUUUGAACUUGUUUUAGUCAAAUUUUCCUUAGCUGUGUCUAGUACGGUUGCAUCGUUUCGUACUGCUAGAUCGAGGGUGACUAUCGGAACUGCUCCAACUUUUAAAAAUGUCGAACAUGCUCAGAGACGGAAGGAGUUUUACCAGAAGUUAGAGGAAAAACACCAAGCUUUGGAGGCCGAGAGAAGCCAGUGCGAGGCGAGGGCCAAGGAAGAGCAAAAAGUUGCUCUUAAGCAGCUUCGGAAGAGUAUGGUCGUCAAGGCAAAUCCAAUACCUAGUUUCUACUACAAAGGACCUCCACCGAAAGUCGAACGAAGAAGCUGCCGUUAACUCGACCAAAAUCGCCAAACCUUAGUCGGAGAAAGAGCUGCAGUGAUGCAGUACACUCGUCUCUGGACGAAAAGGC